AUGUCUACAGAUUACAAGUUCCAAGGAUGGUUGGGUCUCGACGCCGAAUCCGCCAAUGGCAAGAUGGUUUGGCAAGAGUAUGAACCUAAGCCAUUCGAAGAGACAGAUGUUGAUAUUCAGAUCACUCACUGUGGUAUCUGUGGUUCAGAUAUACACACUUUGAGAUCUGGAUGGGGCGCAACAAAUUACCCAGUCUGUGUUGGUCACGAAAUCGUUGGAAAGGCUAUUAGAGUCGGUUCUAAAGUUGAGGGCAUUAAAGUUGGAGAUCGCGUUGGUGUUGGUGCUCAAAGUGGUUCUUGUAUGAACCAGAAGGGCGAUUGUGAAGCUUGUGCUGACAAUCAACAAAAUUACUGCCCUCACGGCACCGGUACUUACGACAGCAAGUGGCCGAAUGGAAGCAAAUCAUACGGAGGUUAUGCUGAUUACUGGCGCGGAAGGGGUGAUAUGGUCUUAAAGAUCCCAGAUGCAAUCUCAUCCGAUGUUGCAGCCCCCAUGCUUUGUGGUGGUAUCACUGCUUUUUCACCACUCAAACGAAAUGGGGCUGGGCCCGGAAAGAGUGUCGCCAUCGUUGGAAUUGGUGGUUUAGGACAUUUCGGUAUUAUGGGCGCAAAAGCUUUGGGUUGCGAUGAAAUCACAGCUAUUUCUAGAACUUCCGCGAAGAAGGAAGAUGCAUUCAAAAUGGGCGCUACUAGAUUCAUUGCCACCGAUGAAGAACCAGAUUGGGCCACAAAAUACGCAAAUUCCUUAGAUCUCAUCGUCAGCACUGUUUCCUCGCCAAAACUUCCACUUCAAGGUUACCUCAGUCUUCUCAGAUACCAAGGUAAAUUCAUUCAAGUCGGUGCGCCUGAAGAUACCAUUCCUGGAUUCAACAUGUUCUCGCUCAUUCUCAAGAACCUUACCAUUGGUGCCUCGCUCAUUGGUCCCCCGCAUGAGAUUAAGGACAUGUUAGCACUUUUCGCCGAAAAGGGCGUCAAGACUUGGGUCAACAAUGUUCCAAUGAAGGAUGCCAACAAAGCUAUUGUUGAUAUGGAGGAUGGCAAGGCGAGAUACAGAUAUGUUUUGGUCAACGAGAAGCACAUUGAUGCUUAG